AUGCCUGUUACAGGUGUCUUGACGGAGGAGCAUACUUUUAAGCCGGAGGUAACGGCCUUGUCGUCUCCACGUAAUUGGCGAGAAGGGGAUAAUAGCGAAUCACGAAAGUCUCCAAGUGCAGCAUCAGAGAGAUCCUCAACAGGACGUCCCAUCGCCCAGGAUGCUCUGCGAAGGGAUGCCGAGCAGAGGGCCAAGACGGGGGAGAUGGCAUUCCUUAGAAUGGCUCUACAAGAAGCCUUAGGCGAGGUUGAGAGAUGGAAAGGGCGUUGCGAGGAGGUUACCCUAGAACUUCGCCGAGUCAAAUCGAAACUAAAACAGCGAGAGGAAGAGGUCUCAGAUCCCUUCAUAAGAUGGUGGAGCUUCGGGGAUUGGGCAACUCGUCGCGGCAGAGAACUCUACAUGAAGAGAGGCCGGCGACCGAGUCCCUGUCGAGAUGUCGGCGACGACUGGCAGAAGCAGUAG